AUGAUAAAACUUACUUCAGACAGAAACAUAGACCAGGUGCUACACAUAUUCAAGGAAUAUGCCACGAAAGUGGAUGUUGACUUUGUCAGAAAAGCUGUCCGAGCUAUUGGUCACUGUGCCAUCAAAUUAGAGAGGGAUGCUGAGCGCUAUAUCAGUGUACUUCUUGAAUUGAUUAAGAUAAAAUGGGGUAAACUUGAUCCUACUCUUCUUGACGAACCACUUUCCAAUAUUGCCACUUUAUCCUCUGUCUAUAAUAAGCCUCCAAAAGCAUUUAUCACUCUUGUGAAGACCACUCAGAAAACUGAGGAUGAAGACUAUGCCGAUGCAGGUGUACAGGGUUAUUUUGAUUCUCCUGCUCUUGUAGCAGAAAGUGGUGCAUCAUCGCCAGCUAGUACAGCUAAUGCUCGGCAUCCUACAGCACGGCAACCAGCUGCACCUGUAGCUCUUGCACUGCCUAAUUUACUUGACCUUGGCAUGGAUAACAACAAUAGUGCUAUUGUAUCAGCUGAUCAGCUUGCAACCCUUGCUGACCCUCCUUUACCCAUCGUAUUGCCAGCCUCUAGUGGGCAAGGUUUACAAAUCAAUGCCCAACUAGUGCGGAGAGACGGACAGGUAUUUUACAGCAUGAUGUUUGAGAUUCCUCUUGAUGGGUUCAUUAUUUAGUUUAAUAAGAAUACAUAA